CAGACAGUUGGCAACUUCUGCGCACUGUACACUUCAGCAUGCGCUGACCCUGCUGUGGCAUUUUAUGUGGCCUACCACUUUGUGGGCGAGUUGCUGUUACUCCCAGUUGCUUCCAAUUUGUUAGAAUACCAACAGUUGACCGUGGCUUAUUUAGUAGCAAGGAAAUUGCACAGGUGGCAACCAAUCAUGGUACCACGCUUGAAUUCACUGAGCUGAGAGCGACCCAUUUUUUCACAAAAUGUUUCUAGAAGCAGUCUGCAUGCCUAGGUGCUUGAUUUUAUACACCUGUGGCCAUGGAGGUGAUUGGAACACCUGACUUCAGUGAUUUUGGAGGGGCAUCCCAAUACUUUUGGCAAUAUAGUGUAUA